UUUGGCAUUGGCAACACUGCUUCAGUACAAAGCAAGCCGAGCAAGCCUUGCAAGCCGGAUUUUUUUAUCGUGACGUACGACGCAUAUUGUGCCGAUUUUAUUUAAUCUGUUGUCUGCGUGAAUAUACUUUUAUCGAACGAAUCGUGUAAUGAACUCUCCCAAAACAAAACUCUUCAACCCUAGUUAACCUCUAAAUUCAUUUUUCGAGUCUAUAAGUGUACAAUAGAAACUCGAAAGUUGUGCCGAACCCAUCGGAUGAAAUUUCAUACUGUCAUCGAAAACGUCUCCUCAAAAAUGAAAAUGUUUUGGUUUCUCGAGUUUUCUGCUUGCUAAGAAAAGCUAGUUAUCAACUGUAUAUGGAAUACUCGAUUUUUGAUUUAGAAAAACGGACAGUUUUAGACUUUAUUCAAGCUACUUUCCGGGGAAAAUCAUGUGUGAAAAGUCUGACCUUCGUGGCAGAAGAUUUUUCCGAGAGAAAUCUUAAAAUUCUGAAAAAUUAACAGACUCUGAAAAUCCAGUGUAUUUUUCACAUUUCCAAUAAAAGAAAAGCAUUAGUUAUCUAGAAAUCAUGAACGGAUUCAGCACCGGAGAAGAGGAUUCAAGGGGAGCAGCAGAUCAAAUUUGCUGUCUGAUAGAGGAAGGUGAGAGAUGCGUACGACCAGCUGGAAAUGCCUCAUACAGUAAACGCAUUCAAAAAACAGUCACCCAAAGACGACUCAAACUGAACCUCGAACCUACGGCUCGUCAUAUAUACAUUUGUGACUCACACAAGCUUAUGAUCCAAUAUGCGAGGACUAAACAACAGCAGCGAAGACGCAAAGAUUCUGAGGACGAUUCUGGAGAAACGGACAACGAUCUUCCAGAAGUCGACCUUUAUCAGCUGCAAAUUGGAACUUUAAGGCGGUAUAAGCGACAUUUUAAAAUUUCAACAAGGCCAGGAUUGAACAAAGCCCAGCUUUCUGAUGCGCUGAUGAAACACUUCAAGCAAAUCCCAGUAGUGGAGAAAGAUGCUCUGAGUUUCUUUUUUUACACGGUGAAGACAAAUGGCAACAAGCUGGACCAGAAAAAUGGAUUAAGUAGCGAUGCAACAUAGUCUAGAUCUCCGCUCGAGGAGUCUAUCGAUGUUGUCACAUAAUUUAAUCGAUAAAAAUCUAUGCAUAGCUUAUGUUUGUUAAUAUCAUAGUAAGAGGCGCCCUGCAAGACAAAUAUCGAAUCUUAUGAAUGAUUAAAGGCAAAAGUAUCUAGAAGGGCGACAAAUAGACUGGAAAGUCAAUAAAUAAUAGAGAAUUUGCACGUACGAUUAAUAGGGAAAAUAAUUAUUCUAUCCUGUAGAGGAUGCGAAACUGAGUUUUCUUUAAUGAAAUGAAUCCGUAUUAAAUUGAAUUACAUUUUUUUGAACAAAACAAAAAAUUUUUGGGAAUAGUAUCUUUUUUGAUUGGUGUGACGUCAGUUAUACGGACAGUUCUUCUCAGUGAUUGGUUAAUCAGCAUUUUUCAGAAUUCUGUGAUGGAAGUUUUUUUUUCAAAAACACAUUUGCAAAAUGUACCUGCAGUUCAAAUCAGCCAACACAUUAUGAAAUGAAUAUUGAUUCAAAAUUUUAUUUGUGCAAACAAUUGAAUGUCCGAUUAUCAUUCGGUAAUAUAAUAAAUUUUCUACUCAUGCAAAUUCGUUAAGUCCGAUUCUAAAAUUUUAUAAUUAAAGCCUUAACAUGAACAAAAAUCUUUAUUCGAAACCGAAACUAUUUUUAUGGUAUCAAAAUAGAUUCAAGCAAAACAGAUUUUUGUUAUAACAUUAUUUGUGCGAAUCCUUAUAUGUAAAAUUUAUAAUCUAAAUUUUACAAUUAAAAAAACAUAUUUAGAAAACUUGGUCUUAUGUUUGACUCUCCGAAACAAAAAUCUAUUUUUGCAAUCGCUUGUAUUUCUAUAACCUCGUGCGGGUGUGUGUGAUACGUGCGGCUGUGCGAAUUUUAAAGUUAUGUUAGUGGCGUCCAUAUUCCUAAAAAAUCGUAGAAUGAUUAUUUUUAUUUAAUUAUUACUAUAUAUUUACCUACGUGCAAACUGCAUUAUAAUAUUAUAUACCUCUACAUGUGGAAAUUAUAUAUUAUUUACUUAUUGUACGUUUUAAAUGAAGUAACAUACCU